UCUACUUGAGGUCCAACUUCAGUCGGAAUGAGAGCGAAACUGUCCGUACUGUGUCCGGAGUUCUUGUGUUGUGGCAGAAACCAUGUGGCGGACGGAGAUCGAUGAUCACGGUUACGGAUUGCGGUCGUACAGAAGAAGUGUGAACCAGCAGCGAGAUUUACCCCACAUUUUGCUCAGAUUCUUGAUCUCCUUCAUCAAAGGGUUCUGUUUCGUGAUAGGGUUCAGCUCAUUGUUGGCCCUCUCGGUGGCACUGAAGGCCGCAGAUCUGUGGCUGGCCUUUGUCUUUCUGGCCCUUGUCCUGCUGGCCACGCUAUCCUGCAGGUACAAGGCGGACCAAACUCCUACAACCGUCAUCUACCACACUGCCGUCCUCCAGGAUCACGCAGAGCCAACAGUUAAGCCAGACACUAACUGCCGUUACUGGCUCGAACUGCCGCCAGAGUACGAUGAGGUGGCAAGGGUCCAUGCACCGUCUACAAGCGGGAGAAAUGAUCAACUUGAGUCCGCAUAGGUGGAGUACUACUUGGACCCGUACUCUGUCCAAACAUCUUUAAUGAAGAAUUUCGAAUUAUUUCAUUCAAUUAUUCAGUAUUAUCAGUUGAUGAUUGUGAAUGAAAUACUACGUAUUUUUAAACUGUAGUAGUAUGUAUUCAUACUGUGAACCCAAUAAUUUGACCUAAAUAAAUGUUUUUAUUUUUA